AUGUCUCGUCAUGUCAGUAAACGUACGGGUAUCACUGUGACGUUCAUCACUGUACAGGGCGCGAGGGCUCCCUGUGAGGCCUCUCUGGAACGAGGGGUCUCGGAGGGCCGGGGGGACCCGCGUGGGGCCGGAGAGGGCUCUGCGACCAGCGCGGGGAGGCCGAAAGUGGAGGCGCCGCAGGGGCCAAGGAAGCCAGUGCGGGGAAGGAGCGCCCACAAAACCGCCCCUCACUGCCCGUCUGCCUCCUUUCAGAAACACGAGUUCUUUGUGGACAUGACCUGCGAAGGCUGCUCCAAUGCGGUCACCCGGGUCCUGCACAGGCUGGGAGGUGUCCAGUUUGACAUUGACCUGCCCAACAAGAAGGUGUGCAUCGACUCGGAGCACAGCGUUGACACGCUCUUGGAAACCCUGAAGAAGACUGGAAAGAAUGCGUCCUACCUGGGGGAGAAGUCUGUGCAAUAGACUGCCCUGGGGUGAUGAGGAACUCAGCUAUGACUUCAG